AUGAAGUUCGUCACUCUCGCCCUCGCUGCUCUCGCUGCCACCACCGCCCAGGCUGCUGCCUACCGCGGUCUUCAGAAAUGGUGUGGCCACCCUGGUCAGGGCUGCUACAUGAUGAAGCGCACCGCCGACGUCUCUGGCGAUGUGAAGCGCUCUGCUGAUGCCCUGGCCGAGGCUAUGGCUGAGGCUCACCCCGCCGCUCUUCAGAAGUGGUGCGGUCACCCCGGCCAGGGCUGCUUCAAGGUUAAGCGCGCCGCCGAAGCUGUUGAGGAGGUCCAGCGCUCCGCCGAGGCUCUCGCGAGCGCCAUGGCCGAUCUCGACGAGGAAGAGUAA